GAAUGCAGGGUCCGAGGAGAUCAGAUAUAGUGAAUGCGGGGUCCGGGGAGACCGGAUAUAGUGAAUGCAGGGUCUGGGGAGACCAGAUAUAGUGAAUGCAGGUCUGGGGAGACCAGAUAUAGUGAAUGCAGGGUCCUGGGAGACCAGAUAUAGUGAAUGCAGGGUCCUGGGAGAUCAGAUAUAGUGAAUGCAGGGUCCUGGGAGACCAGAUAUCGUGAAUGCAGGGGUCCUGGGAGACCGAAUAUAGUGAAUGCAGGGUCCGGGAGACCGAAUAUAGUGAAUGUAGGGUCCGGGGAGACCAGAUAUAGUGAAUGCAGGGGUCCGGGGAGACCAGAUAUAGUGAAUGCAGGGUCCGGGGAGAGACCAGAUAUAGUGAAUGCAGGGUCCGGGGAGACCAGAUAUAGUGAAUGCAGGGUCCGGGGAGACCAGAUAUAGUGAAUGCAGGGUCCUGGGAGACCAGAUAUAGUGAAUGCAGGGUCCUGGGAGACCAGAUAUAGUGAAUGCAGGGUCCGGGGAGACCAGAUAUAGUGAAUACAGAGUCCGGGG